AUGCAGCCGACUGAAUUUUACUUGAGGAUGCAAACAUGUCCUCAAACAAAAACUUUCGUGAUCCGCAAUCCUUCGGCGGAAAAUGUUAUGAUAAAGAUUGCUGUUGAUUCGAAAUGCUUAGUGCAGUUUGACAAGGACUUCGUGGUAGUAGAGUCACAGAAAUUGAAAGAAAUACGAAUGACUGUCAAUGAAGAUAUGUUGCAUCACUUCAAAAAGAACGUUUCAAACGUUCUGUUCUAUAUGUUGCCUAUGAAGAAAGGAUCUGCAUCAUCUGCCUGGAUACAACAGAACAGCUUCUGUAAUGAUGAACUUGUGUUCAAGCUUCAAAUGAAAGUGUCACUUCAAGAGUUUUCUUCGCCCAAGAUAAUCUUGGAUCUCCCUAUUUUCUUGGAAGAAAAUUCGGACAAACAAAAAGUUUUCGUUGAAAGCAAGUACUUGUAUCCUGAAGACGAGGGAAGAGUAAUUCGUGAAGAUUACAUCAUUAAAUCAUGA